AAAAUAAAAUUGUCAGAACAAUUUGUUAUACCAAUGGGAACACACAAAGAUGAUAAACUAAGGAGCAUGAGAAAACGUUUAAAAUUGGAAAAAAAUGAUCAAAAAGAAACAAAUAAAUUGGAUCCUAAUAUUAAAAAUGUUGAAACAUUUAAUAAUCAGGGUUUUGGUGAUUGGCUAAGUUCAAAUAAUGGCAUUGAAAUGAUGAAAUUAUUUGUUGUUGCUAAUUCAUUAUUAGUAUUUGUUACAAUUGCAUGGCCUAAUAUGAGAUUAGUUGCUUCAAUAAUAAGUGAUUAUAUUAAAGGAGAAAAUAACGAAUAAUAAUAUAUAAAAAAAAAUAUAAAUUUCAAAAAAGAAUUAUAAUAUUUAUGAGUGAUUUUAUAAUAAAGUUUGGAAAAAAAGAAAGAAAAAAAAAAGUGUUUACUUGGAACAUUAAGUUUAUUCAUCCUGGUUUUUAGAUAGAUAUAAAAACAUAUAACUUAUUGAUUUUUGAAGCUGCACUCAGUUAAGUAAUCGUAUUAUUAUUCGACUACGUAACUGACGUUGCUAAAAAAAGGUUACUCAAUUUUAUUAUUAUUAUUUUUUUUUCUCCAAGUCUUGGGAGAAUAUUUAUAGAGGAAAUUGUAUGAAGUUAAGGUUUUUCCAGCAAUUGAAUAUAAAUAAAUUGCCGGAGAUUUGAAAUAAAAAUUAUAAAAAAUACAUAAAUAUAUAAAUCAAAUUUGAGUAAUUUAAAAAUUAAUUUGAAAUGAUUGCAAUUUUAAUAAAAAGUGUACUAUUAUUUGGCGUUAUUGGAUGGUACAGUACCAACGUAUGGAAAAUAAUCGAUGUUUAUUUUAAGGAAAAAUUUGAAAAAUAUCUUCAAGAUGAAUAUGCUAAAAAUCCAAAAAUGAAAAUUGAUAUACAAUCACCAAUUAUUAAUGAAGAAAUAAUUUCAACAAUAUCAAAUAAUGACUACUGUAAUUUUGAAAAUUGUCCAGAUAAUAAAAUAAAUUCUAAAACAUUAGAAAAUUUAAAUACAUUAAAAUCAGAUAAUUCAAAAAAAAUUGAGCUAAUUUCAAAUGAAGAAAAAAAACUAAAGCCAAUUGAAAAUAAUAAAAUUAAUAUAAAUAAUAAUGAAAAAAUUAAAACAAAAAUAAAAAAUUCUAAAUUAUUAAUCAAUAAAAAAACAAAUAAUAAUAAUAAUGGAAAAAAAAAGAAAAAAUUAAGUGAUAAAAAAAAAAAAGUUAAAUCACAAUUGAAUGAUGAUUUUUCAGAAUUUGAUUAUGAAAAUGAAAAACCACAUGAAGGUAUACCAAUAAGUGAACUUGGUUUUAAACCCAAAGCAGAUAUUGGAAAACUUGACAGAAUUAAUGCUGAAGAAUUUUGUCCAAUAAGUAUUGAUGAUAAUAGUGAUUGUUUUGAGACUAAAAAAUGGCCAUAAUUGCACAGUAAAUAACCAAGCUAACUAUGUAUCAUUCAAAUUACAUUUUCAAAUCAAUUUAUAUAUUUUUUUUUUUUUGAUAUUAAUAAUUAAUUUUAUUGAAUACUUUAAAUAAAAUUUUAAUGAAUUUUGUUUCAUAAUUAUUAAAUUAAAUUUUUAUUAGAAUCUUCUCAAUUUAAAAAUUGUACUUUCACCUGAGAAAACAUAAUCAUCUGGUUAAUAUAAAAUAUAAAUAUUAUUCUUAUGUACACACAGUCAAAAACAUAUUGACCUUGUAAUGACAUAAAAGAUAAAAAAAAAAAUGCCUUGUAGAAGGAUAAAUGUUUAUUUAUUCACAUUUAUGUAACAACAACAGUAAAUAUAAAAUACAAAAAUUUUAAUGCAAAUUUUUUGUAUAUAUCAAUUUACAAUAUACAUAUAGAUUUAAAAUUUUUUAUAAAGUUGUUAUCAAGGUCGUGCUGAGUUUGUUAGUUUUUUUUUUUUUUUAUACGACAAGACAACAUUUAUAUAUCAAUUUUAUCAUUUAAAAAAAAUAUACCAAGAGAUGAAAAAGAAGAAGAAUUUACUUAAAUAAAUAAAAUUGUAAUAACAAAUUUAUAAUUAAAAUAAAAAAAAUAAAAUGUUAGCUUAAUAAUGAGGUAUAAAAAAAUAAUAUUCAUGACAGUUAUAAGGAAAAAUCUUGAUUCAAUAAAAUAUUUUUUAAAUAAAUAAAAUUAAUAAAAAAACAAAGAAGCUUGUUAUGCAAAUUUUUCAUUGCAUUAAUAUACUUGACACCGUUACAUCUAUCGUUCAAGUCACUUUGCUCUACAUUUAUAAUUCAAUAUAUAUUUACUCAGUUAUAAAACAUAAAAAAAAAAAAAAGAUUAAUUGAUGAAGAAAAAAAAUUGAGAUAAAUACAAAUUAAAAACAUUUUAAUCUAUUAAUAGAAAAUAAAAUAAUAAAAUAAAAAAUUUCUAGGCCAUAAAAAUUAUCGUGUCAACUUCCUAAUGACCCAAUUAAACGAAAAAAAAAAAAAAAACUUGUAAUUAAAAAAUAAAAAGUUUAAUGAAAAAAAAAAAUAAAAGAAAAAAAUGAGUAAAUAAAGAAAUUAAUAAUAAUCAUUAAAA